GAAUAUCAUCCCUUAUAUUCGAAAGUAUGGUAAAAAUCCUGUUACUGGAGCUUCCCUAAAGCAGGAGGAUCUAAUUCCGCUGAUUUUCCACAAGAAUUCUGAAGGUGAGUUCCAGUGCCCUGUACUAAACAAAGUUUUUACGGAGUUCACACACAUAGUUGCUAUAAAGACCACUGGAAAUGUCUUCUGCUACGAGGCAGUUAAAAGAAUUAAAUAUCAAGACAAAAAACUGGAAGGAACUUCUCACUGAUGAACCAUUUAGUAGGCAAGACAUUAUAACCAUUCAGAACCCUACUGCGCUUGAUAGUAAGGUUCUCCUGGAUUUUGAUCAUGUGAAGAAUAGCCUGAAAGUUGAUGAUGAAGAACUUCAGAAAAUGAAAUCAGAUCCAACAUAUUUCAUAAAUGUGUCGGGCGACAUCAAGCAGACGCUGCAGGAACUUGGAACCGAAAAAGGAAGGCAAACUGCACUUCAUGGCGGAGGUGGUGGCAAGGCACAGAAAGAAAGGGAGGCUGCACUUGCUGCAAUUUUAGCUGCUAGGUCACGCAUUAAAGAGGACUCCAAGGAGAAUGCAAAAGGAGAGGAGAAACCUACUCAGGCAUUUAGUAUUGUGGAUGCUGCAUCUGCCUCGGUACAUGGUAGAAGUGCUGCUGCUGCGAAAGCUGCACCAAGUGAAAAAACUGCUGCUCGAAUUGCGAUGCACAUGGCGGGUGAGAGGGCACCAGUGAAUGCUAAGAUGGUAAAGAGUCGUUACACUACUGGUGCUACGUCCCGAUCCUUCACAUCUACAGCUUAUGAUCCUGUUACAAAGAAUGAACAUGAAUAUAUCAAGGUUGAGAAAAAUCCGAAGAAGAAAGGAUAUGUACAGUUGCAUACAACACAUGGAGAUUUGAAUAUUGAACUGCAUUGUGAUAUUACUCCGAGGGCAUGUGAGAAUUUCAUCACGCUUUGUGAAAAUGGCUACUACAAUGGAGUUGCUUUUCAUAGAAGUAUUAGGAAUUUCAUGAUUCAAGGUGGUGAUCCAACUGGUACUGGGAGAGGAGGGGAAUCUAUAUGGGGAAAGCCCUUCAACGAUGAACUGAACUCUAAGUUGCUUCAUUCUGGAAGGGGUGUUGUCAGUAUGGCAAAUAGUGGCCCCCACACUAAUGGUUCCCAGUUCUUUAUUCUUUACAAAUCUGCUAAUCACUUAAACUUCAAGCAUACUGUAUUUGGCGGUGUUGUUGGUGGGUUGACUGCUUUGGCAGCCACGGAAAAGGUUCCUGUUGAUGACAAUGAUCGGCCUCUGGAAGAGAUCAAGAUAACAAGCGUCACAGUUUUUGUCAAUCCAUACUCAGAACCCGAUGAAGAAGAGGAAGAAAAGCAAAAAGACGAGAAAAAUGUGGAGGAUGAGGAAAACGAUAAGGUUGGAUCGUGGUAUAGUAAUCCAGGCACCGGGGUAGCUGAAUAUGGAGCUGCUGCUGGUGGUGGUGUAGGGAAAUAUUUAAAAGCAAGGAAUGCCCAAUCCAAAUCCCCUGCUGUUGAUGCUGGUGUAAGACAAACUACCUCAACCAAAAAAAGGACAGCUGCUGGAGAAUUCUAAGACUUCUCUUCGUGGUAAGAGUUCCCAUGUAUGCGAUAGAUAUAGGUCCUUUCAGCUAGCCCCCUAAGUCACUGGUUUCUUGUGGUGUUUAAAUCAUACGAGUCAUUGAAAAGGGGGAGGGGAGCGUGCAAAAGAAAGGGUGCAUUUGACCCAGUUAGUAUUGGAAUGCAUUACUGACGACAAAAGUUCAUUUCACGAACUCUUUGAGUUGUUGAUUAUGCCCAAGAAGAACCCUCCACCUGCCCCAAAACCCAAUGGGAGAGAGAGAGAGAGCAAAGAAAAAAGAAAAAAGAAAAAAGAAAGUGGGAAAAGCGGUAUUCAGAUACGAAUCCUCUUUAUCCGACAGUGUGCUGUAAAAAUGAAUUGGCAGAUGCAAGAACUGCUCUUCUUCCAAUAUUGUUUAUUUCCUAAAGCUGAUUCUGUUGUUCAAUGUAUGAGCCUGAAAGUAAAGAGGGAUCUGCCAAAAAAUGGCGUGUCUGCUGUGAGUUAGUGAAGGAGGGGCACCCAAAACUUCAACGAUUAGUCAUGUUUGGAUGGAUGGAUGGAUGGGUACAUUUCCAAGUAGAGUUCUCCUACUUCCACUGUAUGUAUCUUACUUUGCUCAUUUACUGUCGCUGAUUGCUUUCAAGUAUCAACCUUAUCCCACUCAUUUUGGUCCACACAGAUAGAGCUAUUUUGAAGUCACUUGUAGUAGUUUUUACUCUGUUCAUCGCCGUUGGCACCAGAUACGACUAUUCCUCACCUCAAAUUAUUCAUGUUCAGUCUUCCUAAUUUAUUGAUUGAGAGAAUUAAUUUCAAUGUUUAUGCAUUUUUUUUUUCAUUCAUUGAGAGAAUUACAUUUUUAGUCCUAA